AUAGUAUACAUAGAAACCUAAAUGAUAAAUCGAUCAACAAAAUUAAGCACACGCCGAGCAGCAUACAAUGCUGGAUUAAUUCUAGCUUGUAGGUACCUGACCAACACCCCAAUAACCCACCAUUCUUAUAUCCACGGAGAUUUUAUGUCAUCAUACAGCAAAGAAGAAAUCGCCAAACACUUAAAGAAUCUCGGUCCAUUUCCCACAUACUCCAACAUUCUAAACCCGCAACAUUUCUAUCAAAAUCAAGUGUUGUUGGAAUACCUGAAGAAACUCCCCCAUCCCGUGUCGCUUCGACAAUUGGCAGGGUAUGGAAACACAUUAACCAAGCAAAAAAUCAUAAACAGUGCCAAUUUCGUUAGAAUAGAAAUUCCCAUCAGAUUAGCCAUGAGAAUUAGAGAUUUGCAGACGUUGCCAUUUGGGGUGGUUAAUAAUUUCCACUUGGCGCAAAUUUACGAAAGUUACUACCAUUCAUUUAAUGCGUUUCGAAAAAUCUCCAAGAUUGAAACAAUUGAGCAAAAUAACCGAUUCUGCGAAACUGUAUCUAAGUUGUUGGAUGAUCAUGUUUUUAACUUGUCUCAUUUGAUGAUGGGGGCAUUGGAAGUUUCCAUUGCCCAAAGUUUGCCUCAAGAGGAUUUAGACAAGUUUAUGAGUGUAAUGUUACGAUCAAGAAUCAGUAGAAGAGUUAUCGCCGAAGAACAUUUAUCACUUAGUGAAAACUACAAUAAGAACCCAUACGAUAAGAAACCCCCACAUUAUCUCGGUGAAAUUUUCAACCAAUGUAAUGCCGUGGACCAUUUCAAUAUUGUCGCCAAUAUGGUUAAAUCCUCCAUGGCACCAAGUUUCCCAGAAAUUGAACGAUUACCCGAUUUAGAGAUCGAUGGAGAUUUAGACGCAACUUUCCAAUUUAUGGUGCCUCAUUUACAUUAUAUGUUGCAUGAAAUACUCCGAAACUCAUUUGAAGCAACCAUCAAGACUCAUUCGAAGAAGACAUCCAAGAUUUUACCUCCCGUUAAGGUGACCAUUGUUAACCUGGAUAAGCAUGUGUUGUUCAGAAUUUCUGAUCAAGGAGGAGGAAUUGCUCAUGAUAAACUCAAAAAGAUUUGGUCGUUUGGAAAGAGUCCCGACCAGGCCCGGAAAAGUUUGGCUAAUUUCCACACUAUACCGGGAUUACAACUUUACUCCAACUUGAAGGUCACUGCUGCUGGGUCAUCCAUUGUAACUACCGAAGCUACAGAUGCACUACACGCAUCCUCACUUAGUGAACAAACUGGAAGAAAGAAGUCAACCUUAGAACAUUUCAUGGCUAGACCAUAUGAAUUGUUCUUGGGUAUGGGUCUUCCUAUGUGUCACGUAUACGUGGAUUAUUGGAAUGGAGAGUUACUGAUGAACUCACUAGAAGGAUAUGGAUGCGAUACCUCGUUGACUUUGAGUAAAUUGGGAUACCACAGUACCCAGACUCAAUUGGAUAGAGCGUGAGUGUUUCUUUUGUGUGUAUGCGUGUGUGUCACAAGGCGCGCGCAAGUAUGGCGUGUAAGUGCACAACGUACACUAAACUUUAUACAUAGAAAUUGUAAAUAAAUUUCAACCGGCGAAAAUCAAAAUCUCAUGGGAGGAAAUAUAGUGCGAUUUUACUGUGACCAGGUAACGCUGGAAAAUGGGCGAAGGCGAAAACAUAACAUUUCCCCUACACCACAUAUAGCUUUUCUAUUACACUGCAAAUAUAUAUGU